AUGAAAUAUACAAUUAUUCUUUUUGUCGCUUUAAUUGCUGUUGCAGCUGCCCAAUUCGGAUGGGGAGGUUUCGGACAUCGACCAUGGUGGGCCUCACAAUAUCCUGGAUUCGGAAAUUCUGGAUUCUAUAGAGGAUGGGGCUCAAACGGAUGGGGACGUGGCGAUAACUUCGGUAGCGGACGAGGAGGAUUUGGAGGAUCCCGCGGUGGAUCCGGCCAAGGAGGCUUUGACGGCUCCAACCAAGGAGGAUUCGGAGGUAGCCGUGGUGGAUCUGGUCAAGGUGGAUCUGGUCAAGGUGGAUCCAACCAAGGAGGCUUCGGCGGCUCCAACCAAGGAGGAUUUGGUGGCUCUAAUCAAGGAGGCUUCGGUGGAUCCAACCAAGGAGGAUUCGGUGGAUCUAAUCAAGGAGGAUUCGGCGGCUCCAACCAAGGAGGAUUUGGCGGCUCCAACCAAGGAGGAUUCGGUGGAUCUAACCAAGGUGGAUCUGGAUCAGGCCAAGGAGGAUUCGGUGGUUCUGGAUCAGGAUCCGGUCGAGGAGGAUUUGGUGGUUCUGGAUCAGGAUCCGGCAGAGGAGGUAACCGUCAAAGUGAUUUCGAUGGCCAAGGAGGAUUCGGCGGUUCUGGAUCAGGCCAAGGAGGAUUCGGUGGCUCUGGAUCAGGACAAGGAGGAUUCGGUGGAUCAGGAUCCGGUCAAGGUGGAUUCGGAGGUAGAGGCUCUGGAGGAAAUGAUUUCGGAGGUUCUCAAGGAGGACAAGGAGGUUGGGACAGUCAAGGAUCCUCAGGAGGACAAGGAGGAUGGGGCGGAGAUGGAAGCCUAGAUCUACGAUCUCGCGGAGGUUCUGGUGGAAGACGAUCAGGUGCUCCAGCUCCAAUGUUCUAA